AGCGAGCAUAUCGAUGGUGUCAAGGCAAUACCUCGUAUCUCCAUUUUUUGAUAAAUUUGAAUUGCCCGCUCUAGACAAAGAGCUAGAGAGCAUAAUAGUGCUGAACAAUCAAACGGUUCCUUUUUGGCUUGCAUUUACCCAUAAUUCCCGCUCAAAUUUGUGCAAUACCUCGUAUCUCUAAAAACAUGGCGUCUUCUGUAGAGUGUUGAUGCUUUAACGCAGAAAAAUAAGAUCAAAAAUUGCAAGAUGCGUGGCAAAAAAAUAUUGGAAAUGUGCCAAGCUGCGUCCUUGUCAAGCACAAAAUAGCACUAUAUCACACGCUUUCGAACCAGCAGUAGCCGAAAAUCUGAACGAUGGUUCUCCUACUACAAGUAUGCCUGAAAAUUUAGACACCAACCAACAUGAAAUAGUGCCAUUUUCUGUACAGAAUGUAAUCCAUGACAUCAGCCUAGAUGCUAUAAAUAAUCACUCAGUAAUAGGUUCCUCAAGUGUGUUUGCCGAUCAAAAUGGUGUUUUAGAAGAGACAAGGAAAGAGCGGAAACAAGGCGAAAGGUGUAACUCAGAAACCUGUAAGAACAGCUCAAAAAGAAAAUGUAAUGAAAUCAGAGAAGAAGCACGAAAAGAAAUGUUUACAGCUUUUUGGAAGAACCUGAGUUGGGACCAAAGGAAGGUAUAUGUCUGCAACCUUGUUUCAAGACAGGAGACCUCUAGAAAAACAAAAGAUGAAAAUUCUCGACGUUCCUGCUCCCUAUACUAUAGCUUGAAUGUUGGUGAUAAGCUUAUACCCGUCUGUAAAAAAAUGUUUUUGGGAACUCUGGGGCUUGGGGAAUGGAGUGUAAAGAGCUGGGUGGAGACAUCGCAUUACGGUACACCUUCCAGUGGAGCAGAAACUAACAGUCGUAGAUUACCCAGAAAAUCCCAAAAUGAUUCAUUUAUAACAACAUUUCUAGAAAAAUUGCCAAAGCUUCCUAGUCACUAUUGUCGCAAAGACACUACAAAGUUGUACCUUGAACAUGAGUUUUCUAGUUACUCAGACUUAUAUAAAGCUUUCGUGGAUUAUUCAAAAACACAAAACACAGCACCAGCCAGUAGAAAUACAUUAAUAAAGUGGGUACAUAAAAAGAAUAUUGGUAUAUUCAAGCCUCGCAAGGAUCGGUGUGAUACAUGUGUACAGUAUGAAUCUCAAAAUCUAAGCCUAGAAGACUGGGAACAACAUAGAACAGACAAAGAGAGAGCUCAAAAAGAAAAAAAUGAUGAUAAAGAAAAAGCAAUGCAGGUAGUCUGUCAUGUUAUUACAGUAGAUCUGCAAGCCGUUAAAAAGUAUCUUCAAAAUGCAGCCCACAUAAAACCAAUAAUAAUUUAUUCUGAUGGUUGCACAUAUCAGAAUAGAAACAGUACCAUGGCAAAUGCUCUGCUUAGUCUAUCACGCCAAUAUAAUGUGCAAAUAACUCAGAAGUUCUUGAUUAAAGGUCAUUUUCAAAUGGAAUGUGAUAGUGUUCAUGCUGUUAUUGAAAGAAAGCUAAAAAAUAAGAACAUCGAAAUACCAAAUGAUUACUAUCGUCUUACUGGAGAAGCGCGUCAAAACCCAUUUCCUUAUGAAGUCGUAACUCCAGAUUUUACUUUUUUCAAAAACUAUAGUGCCGAUUUGGUCUACUAUUCAAUCCGCCCUGGUAAAAAAUCCAAUGAUCCGACAGUCACGCAGAUAAGGGCACUGCAGUAUGAACAAGGCUUGAUAACAUACAAAAUUAAUUUCGACCAAGAGUUUGCAGAAUUACCUCAUCGUCCAAGAAGGACCCCAAACGACAUAAACCAAUUUCUCCAAUUGUUUGAGCACAAACUGCCAAUUGCAAAGAAAGAAAUACGAUCAUUUACAAGAAAUAAAAACCAAAAUUGGUCAAAAUUAUUGGCCAUUUUAUGA